UUCUGUAAACUGCAACUCCAGCUUUGGUUUUUGUCAGAAGAAACAAAAGAAACAGCAGAGCCAAAUGUGUGGGUUUCAGCCUUUCAGUUCACAGCACACCCUCCUCUCUUUACUCUGACUCCUCACAAUGCCUUUUCCCUGCAUUUUGGCUAACCUUUCCUUGGGGUGUUCUCAAUCAUGGAUCUCUUCUCUUGACACUUCUCUUCACUGAGGUUGGAGCUAGGUAUUGAUUUGUUCUUCAGUAUCAAUGAAAUUGCAACCAAAACAUGGUUGGCACUCUAUUAUGCCUCUUCGACGCCGAGGCAAUUCUGGUACUCAAUUUUGUAUGUUUCCGAAAGCAAAGUCGGCAGGCUGUAGUCCUGGCAAUGCUCCUGUCUACCUUAAUGUGUAUGACUUAACAAAUGUCAAUGGCUAUGUUUAUUGGGCAGGUCUUGGUAUCUUCCACACUGGGGUUGAAGUUCAAGGUGUAGAGUAUGCCUUUGGAGCUCAUGACUACCCAACUAGUGGAGUAUUUGAGGUUGAACCUCGACAGUGCCCCGGAUUCAAGUUUAGGAAAUCAAUUUUCAUGGGAACAACAUGCUUGGAUCCUGUCCAGCUAAGAGAAUUUGUGGAACACCAAUCUGCAAGUUACAAUGGUGACUCAUAUAACUUGAUUUAUAAGAACUGCAACCAUUUCUGUGAAGAUAUAUGUUACAAGCUGACAGGGAACCAUACACCAAAGUGGGUGAAUCGACUUGCAAGAAUCGGUUCAUUGUGCAACUGCAUUCUUCCUGAGGCUCUUAAAGCGUCUGCAGUGCGCCAUGACCCCAACUUCCGACCUGACAGUGAAAAGAAGAGGCUAAGAAGUGCCUUCAGUUGCUUAUCCUCAAUCUCAAUGCCUCAAAAGGAAGUGUCAAUGUCUUCCCUCUUUUUGCACUCUCAUUAUAAAGGCUGUCUACCGCCAUGGGAGUUAAAGAGAUCAAAAAGCAGCUCAUUGAAACAACAGUGAGUAAGGCUAUUAUUGAAGCACUGGUGUCACUUGAAGGGGCAAAAUCUGUACAAGUUUUUUCUUUUUGAAAGUCAGCAAUGGAGUUUUUCUUAUUAUUUCUUUAAUGACUCUGUUUUACUAACCGCAGCUUGGGAAGUUGAUUGGUUGUUGAUGUUGAUUGA